UGAUUGAACUGGUCACGUGAGAGGGGUACAAACAUGGCCGACGAGCCAGGGGAAGUAAACACAGCUGUCGAGGGUCGUGAAGAAAAACAGCAGCAAGAUGAGCUCGAAGUUUCGGGACCCGCCGUUGACGGACAGCCCGAAGGCAGCGACGGGCAGGACUGGACGGAAACGGAGGCUCCGGCGGCGGCGGCAGAGAGCAGCUGGUCGGCUCCCAUCCUGUCUCUGGCUCGGAAGGCCACAGAGACGAUUAGCAGCGGGAUGAGCUACGCUGCUGCCCCCAGAAAGAGCUCCAGUGCGAGCUCCCCGACCGAGAAAGAGCCUGAAAGUGACCUCAACAGUACUUCAGAGAAACUUCCAGUUCUGCCCCCCAAAGACCCCAUGGCAAUAGAGAGAUCCAACCUCCUCAGCAUGAUGAAACUGAGCAUCAAAGUAUUGAUCCAGUCCUCCUUGAGUCUGGGCAGGACCAUGGACUCGGAGUACCCUCCUCUGCAGCAGUUUUUUGUCGUCUUGGAGCAAUGCCUCAAACAUGGGCUUAAAGCCAAAAAAUCCUUCAUCGGUCAGAACAAGUCCAUAUGGGGACCACUGGAGCUGGUUGAGAAGUUGUGUCCAGAGUCUGUCAACAUUGCCACAAGUGCCAGAGACCUGCCCGGCAUUAAGACCGGUUUGGGGAGAGCAAGGGCUUGGCUUCAUUUGGCGCUUAUGCAGAAAAAAGUAGCUGAUUAUCUGAAAACCCUGCUGGACCAAAAGGACCUCCUUAGUGAGUUUUAUGACCCUGGAGCAUUGAUGAUGGAGGAGGAGGGGGCGGUAAUGGGGGGUCUGCUGGUGGGCCUCAACGUAAUUGACGCAAACCUUUGCAUCAAAGGGGAGGAUCUUGAUUCUCAGGUGGGAGUCAUUGACUUCUCUCUUUACCUGAAAGACCCUGCCAACAAUGAGACUCAAAAAGAUGAUUCCAAGAUGACAGCCAUAUUGGAUCAGAAACACUACAUUGAGGAGUUAAAUCGCCAUUUAAGCGGCACCGUCACCGACCUGCAGGCUAAGAUGGACUCGCUAGAGAAGACCAACAGCAAACUUGUAGAGGAGCUGACGGCAGCGACAGACAGAAUCAACUCUCUGCGAGAAGAACAGGAGCAGCUGAAACAGCAGAACGAGUCGAUCUUACAGUCCAGCCAGAAAAAAGAAGAGGCGGCCCUUCAGGACAGCCAGGUAGAGCUGGAGACGUACAAACAGACUCGACAAGGCCUGGAUGAGAUGUACAAUGUGGUGUGGAAGCAGUACAAAGAGGAAAAGCGCAUUCGCCAGGAGCUGGAGCGAGAAUUGGAGCUGCAGGUGGGACUGAAGCAGGAGAUGGAAGUUGCCAUGAAGCUGCUGGAGAAGGACACGCAUGAGAAACAGGACACUCUGGCGGCAUUACGGCUCCAGCUUGAUCAGGUCAAGACUCUCAACCUGCAAAUGUUCCACAAAGCACAGGACUCGGAACGGCAGGCGGAAAAAAAGCAGGCGGAGGCUGUGCAGCUGGAGCAGAGGAUGAAUGAAAUGGAGAAAGCCAUGAUGGAGCUAGAACAGAGGCUGCAGAACUCGGAGCAGCAGCGCAAACAGAGCGACCAGUCAGACAAAGACAUGAAGGUGGAGCUGGAAGGAAAGGUUGACGCUUUGCAAAAACAACUAACAGACCUGGAUACACUAAGGCUGGGUUUGGAAAAUGAGCUGCGCACCGAGAGAGAACAGAGACAAAGUUUGCAAAAAGCCCUUCAGCGGGAACAAGACAACAGCGUUGAACUUCGCACGCAGCUGCAGCAGCUCCAGGGUCUGCACUCGGAGCUGCAGGAUUUGAAGCAGGAGAAGCAGCAGCUGCAGCAGACGUGUGAGCAGCAGGAACAAGCUCUACAGGAGAUGGGACUGCAUCUCAGCCAGUCUAAACUCAAGAUGGAGGACUUCAAGGAGGUCAACAAGGCCCUGAAGGGCCACGCCUGGCUGAAAGAUGAUGAAGCCACUCAAUGCAAGCAAUGCCAGAAGGAGUUCUCUAUCUCACGCCGGAAGCACCACUGCAGAAACUGUGGAGACAUCUACUGUAGCAGCUGCUCCAGUAACGAGCUGGCCUUACCCUCCUACCCCCGGCCUGUUCGAGUGUGUGACAUGUGCCACUCCCUCCUGCUGCAGAGAAGCUCCUCCACAGCUUCCUGACAACACCUGCAAGUGUUUCUUCAGAAGCUUUCCAACACUGCGCAUACUCACCCACAAUGAUUUUAAGCGCUUACGUUGAAAGAAAAACGUCAUCAAAUCUUGGGGAAAUGUGAUUUGGUGUACCAUCACCAGAGUUACCUGAAAUUCAGGCACAUUAGUUCAUCUGUACUAAACAAGGCCACCUUUUUAACACUGAUGGGAUGAGCUAAUAUUUUAUGCAGACUGUAUUCGAAGGACACUUUGCUAAGAGAACGAAAGUAUUUAUGUUGUCAAUGUUUCCUUGGAAUGAAAUAACAUCAGUUUAACAGCUUGGUACUCACUUGAUAAACUGGUCUUUUUAAAAUGUGUAGUUUUUCUAAUUAAUUAAAUUGUGGGUGUGGAUUA